UUGAUAAAAUGACAGAGAGAGAACAUGCCCAUCCACCUCAAAACGAAGGUGACGUGUCAGCAACAUCUGAACCCUCACCAAAUGAUGGUGGUGGUUCAGACAGCCACGGCCCAGAGCCUGAAGGCCAAGAACAAGUCCCCACAGAUAGUGAUAAAACUGAGGGAGAUCAGGUGUCUACAGAGGAUUGUCCCAAUGAGAAACAGUCUUCCCCUCCUGUAAGUCCCAGUCACUCUACUGCAUCAUCUGGAUCAGAUCUCGGGUCAUCACAAACAGAGAUCCGUAGACAGCCAAGCUUAGUAUCUUCAAAUGCUAGUAGUGCACAGUGGGUGCCCAAUCCUGAUUGGGUAUUGUCAUGGAAACAGAAGCUUCCUCUCCAGACCAUUAUGAGGCUUCUUCAGGUUUUGGUCCCGCAAGUGGAGAAAAUUUGUUUAGACAAGGGACUGACUGAUGAGAGUGAAAUCCUGAAGUUCCUUCAGCAUGGAACAUUGGUGGGAUUGCUACCUGUGCCUCAUCCAAUCCUGAUUCGAAAGUACCAAGCUAAUAGUGGCACAACUAUGUGGUUUCGUACAUAUAUGUGGGGUGUUAUCUAUCUAAG